UGCAGACCGUAAAAACAGGUGCCGUCGGUGCUUACUAAUUGUUUUAUUGCCAAUAUAAAAUCACACUCAAAAAAGUCCAUUGAGAGUUACAGUAGUCGUUCAAAAUGGAUUACCUUACUAGAAAAUAUGAAGAACUUAUGGAAAAGCAUUCUGAUACGAGAGUACAAACCUGGCUAUUUAUGGAUAGUCCUGUUCCAACUAUUUAUAUAAUACUGACGUACUUAUUUACGGUAUUAUACCUCUUACCAAAGUUUAUGCAAAACAGAAAGCCUUUCGAGCUGACUACAAUUAUCAGAGUUUACAACUUAUCUCAAGUGGCAGCAUGUUGCUAUCUGAUUUAUAUGAUAUCUACAUCUGGAUGGAUUCAAGGUGACUACAGUUUCGGGUGUCAAACUAUUGACUACUCAAGCGCACCAAAUGCUCUAAGAUUAGUUAAAGCAUUUUAUCUGGUAUACUGGUUAAAGUUUUACGAACUGUUUGAAACGGUACUUUUUGGACUAAGAAAAAAAUUCGGACAAAUUUCACCAUUACACGUUUAUCAUCAUGCUUCGUCUUUAACGCUUGCCUUUCUAGCAGCAAAGUUUAUUGGUGGAGGUAUGUUUGCUUUACCGGUAAUGAUGAACUUGCUCAUACACGUGUUCAUGUACACGUACUACUAUCUAUCUUCGUUCGGUCCAGAAUGGCAGGCUAGCUUAGCUUCUUGGAAGCCGAAGAUGACAAUGGCACAAAUGAUCCAGUUCACUCUGAUGAUUAUCCAUUCUGCAACUGCUUUCAUGCCAGGCUGCGAAGUACCUAAACCGUUUUUCUCUCUUUACAUGCCAAAUGUUUUUCUAUUGUUCAAGAUGUUUUUCGAUUUUUACCAGAAAAGUUACAAGAAGAAAGGAGACAAAAAAUUAACAUAACUGUAAAAUGUAAUCUCUAUUUAUAGAACGAGCAAACAAUUGUUAUAUUAUUUUAACGACACAAGAUAUUUUGUAUAUAUUUCUUAAUUUGUUUUAAAAGCUUUUAAAAAUAAAUUUAUAUAAAAGGAA